CAGCUUUUUGUGCUCUUAAGUCCUAACGUUUUAUCAGAAAGGGAUCGAACUAACUGAAAACUAAUUAUCGCUUUCUUUCACGACUGCAGCUUAAUCCAAAUCUCCGCUUUCACCUUCAUGCAAUUCUCCGUCGUGAGUCCUCUGAAAUGGAGCCUUUUCUGUUCGAAGGAAAGCUUCCCGAGCUCUUCUCCUGUCAUCGUCUCCGUCUCUCACCAAUCCAUCCCCUCAUACUCCUACAGAAAAUAUGGUGGUUGCAUGAGAUGGCGUUUCGGUAACUACCCUGCGCGGCGGUGGCGCCGCUCUCUUCGGCUGAGAGCGAGUUCGUCGGACAAAGAUGGGGCAUUGAAUUACAGAGAACGCGUGGUCACUACUGGUUACGACGACGGUGGCAGUGGUGUUAAUUCCCCGCCGGUGGACGUUAUUGGCAUUGGGAGUAGAAAGGACGCUGUUCUUCGCUUCUGCUUGGAAUCGCCCUUCCAACUCUCGCAAUCUGUCCGCUGCUGGAGCAUUCAAGCAAAGGAUUCCUCAAAUACUCAAUUAGAAGAAAGGCUACUAGAGAGGGAUCCUAAUCCAAGGUGCCUGGAAGCUUCUCAGUUUUUGCAAACUUGUUCGCAGGCUAUAAUCCUUGUUUGUGGCAAGUGCAGGAUAUGGCUUGGAUCAGGAUGCAGCUGUUAAUAUUCUUAAAACAGUCAGAUCCAGAAAUGGAUUAGCUGUUGCCAUUGUUGUAAACCCUUUCAGCUUUGAAGGGAAAAGGCGACAGGAUGAGGUGAAAACUUUGAUUAAAGAGCUUCAAGAGCAUACAGACUUUUAUAUAGAUGUAGGCACUGACACGCUGCUCAAAAAGGAUUUGGUGACUCUAGAUGAGGCUUUAAGGACUGCAAAUAGUGCCGUUUCAUUGGCCAUAAAGGCCAUCUCUUUGCUUGUGUCUCCUCAGGAGACACUUAAAAAACUAAUUGAUGGGCCACAUGAUAAUGUGAAAGGGAUAGUAGAUUCAGACAUUUUAAAGAAUCUGAAGAACCAGAAAGAAGCGAAAAUUGGAUUUGGAGUGGGUAAGAGCAUUAGAGAAUCACUGCUGCAGGCCCUUUAUGACUGCCCUUUCAUUGGCACUGGUAUAGAGGAUUCUAGUGGGACAGUCUUCUGUGUCAUCAUAAGCUCAGAUAUCAUCGAAGAUGAAGGUUUGCGUGCUGCUUUGCACAUUUUCCGCCAGACAGUGGAAUUCACGGGGAAAGUUGUUGUAGCUUCUUCCCGUGAACCAAAUCUGGAGCAAAACAUGCUAGUUUCAGCAAUUAUUGUCGCAGGCAGUAGACCUCACAACCAGACUCCUCCAAAGAAAAACAUCUUCUCGGCAAUGGUUGAGCAUUUCCCUUCCAUUUUUAAGUUCUUUAUGGGAAACCAGCAAUCGGAUGACAAUGAAAGCAAGACUGACAGUGCCAAUGCCUCUGGAUCAUUAGACUCAUUACAUGUCAGUGCGGUCGGAGAUGAGAUUCCCGUGAAUGGUAUGACCAAUGUAGUUGACAGGCAGGGUGAGGAGGACAAUGAGACAGUAUUUAGCGGACUUGAAGAAGGUGUUGAUUUAAGGGAUGGAAGUGGAGAGGAAGAUCUAUUUACUGGUUCUUCUGAUUUUAGUGAACAAAUUAAUGAAGGCACUAUGGCUUUCCAAAGGGAAUUGCUGCUGAAUGGGAACUUGGGGCUUGGACAUCAGAUAGCAGAGAAGUGGGCUAACCAAAGGGCUAGAGCUAAGCCACCUCUUGAUAACUUAAGUAUCUUUCCCCUUCCAGUUGGUGUGAGGCGUCAGGAAGAUUCAAGAGAUUUUCACGAUAACUCGUAUGGUGGAGAACUACCAGAGACCCAAGAAGAGAAUGGUGUCCAAGAACCACUUGAUAACUCUAGUAUCUCUUCUUUGGGUGCCUUGACUGAUGCUGGUUUUCUAGCUGUGAAGGACUUCUACAGCAAUGCGUCUACCUUGUUGAAGGGUAGAAACGAUGAACUAUCGAAAAAGCAAGGAGGUCUUGCUGUUCGUGCUGCUUCUAUGCUGGAAUCUGAGCGCGAUUCACCGAAAAAGUGGAGUCCUGUAACAGAAAUGCAUUACAGAGGUGGAGUUUAUAAGGGGAAAUGCCAAGGGGGACUUCCUGAAGGAAAGGGCCGUCUUCUCCUUGAUGAUGGGAGCAUAUAUGAUGGCAUGUGGCGCUAUGGUAAAAGAUCAGGACUGGGGGCUUUCUACUUCAGUAAUGGAGAUGUAUUUCAGGGCUCAUGGAGGGACGAUGUUAUGCAUGGCAAGGGUUGGUUUUAUUUCCACACUGGGGAUCGUUGGUUUGCAAACUUCUGGAAGGGAAAAGCCAAUGGCGAAAGCCGCUUCUAUUCAAAGUUCGGCGAUGUCUUUUUUGGCCAGUUUGUAGAUGGUUGGCGCCAUGGUGACUUCCUUUGUAUAAAUGUUGAUGGAACAAGGUGCGUCGAGGUUUGGAAUAAGGGUGUGCUUGUAAGCCGGAAGCCACUGGAUUCUGACAACAAUGGUCAAUAGAUAUGUAACUCUCUUAACUUUCUUGUUGUAACUUUGUAUUCAUACAAAACAAUUCCAUGCUUGCUCUCUCUCUCUCUCUCUCUCUCUCGUGCUGUAUAUAAAACUAUAUAUUUAUUUGUUUAAUUGCUGAGUCUCUCCUUGAAAUUCUGUUGGGAGAGGAGCAUAGGUUGUCAAUUAGGAAAGGAGCCGAAUGUAGGGGAAUUUUGGGAUAGUUUUAGACUAGUUCAUCGCAGUUCCUCCCAAGAAUGUUGUUUUUACUGUUCAUUCUUCGAGUCGAAGUCCGGAGCUGGGGUAAACCACAUCCAGUUUCUGGCUGCUUUUGAUAUGGGCGGCCAGCUGAGUGCCGGAUUCUCGAUGCAGCAUGAAUUAGGACGCCGAGCCAACAAUCCCAUCGAAGCCAGGAACGAUACACCGAUCGAUAUUGGUGCAUGUGAUCAGCUCAAUGAAGUAGUUCAUAAGCAUCCAGCAAUUGUUGGGGCAGAAGUUCCCAGACGAGGUAAUUCCUACUCCUAGUGGCGAGUUUGAUUGUGAGCUGGCUCAUGGGAUUGCCAGGAAGGACUGACGGCGGUGGUGAAUUAUUGUGGGGUGAGGUAAUUU